AUGGAACAAGACCCGAGCCUCGACGCUCGCUUGGACCGGUAUGACCUCAGUCAGUACCGUCCGCUGCUGCAACAAGCGGGCAUCCGGACAAUCGAAUCGCUUCUGGGUCUCCCUGACGAUCGACUCAAGGCCAUCGGCCUGGACGACUCAGCCAUCGAGAGGGUCCGCAAAGCCCACAACAAACACGCAAAUGCAACUUGCACCCCGCCUGGCACAGCUACCGGCGAGCACAAGUGUAAUAGCCCCUGGGUGAUCCCCGACUGGAAAUGCGCGGCCGGGUUCAAGACCCACCAUAUAUUUAUCAGCUACCGUGUGGCCAGCGAGUCCGAAGCGGCAACCGAGCUGCACUCCACCCUCAGUGUUGUCAAGAAUGAGGAUGAUCAAGACUGCCAAUGUCUAUCCUUGCCCGUCCUCAAGUACGCCGGCGGUCGCUUGAUCCACACCUACCUUGACAAGCGCUGCUUGAUCGAUGGCAAGAGCUGGGAGCAAGGGUUCCGCAACGGGCUCGUUAACUCGCAAGUGAUUGUCCUGCUCUUGUCCGAGAACGGUCUUCAGCGAACCAAGGAGGCCCACAAGAAGCCCGACAACCAAUUCCUCGAGGCGAGUGCAUGCAUCCUCUGGCUACAUUUUUGUUUGCACAGCCGGACCGAGACCCGGGCUUGCAGCAUUCCAUAA